AUGACAGCAUCCCCACCAAGUCGAAUCUCAUCAGAAGCAGUCUCGGAAAUCGCACCGGAAAUUGUCGUGUGGACCGAAGAUAUGGACUUGGAUGACACAAGCCAGGAUGAGGCGGGGCCCUCCUCCGCUCCUGCAUCCAACCCUGAUUCACCCAUGGCCGAAGAGGCUGAAUCAGAGACCCUUCAUAUCCAGUCACACGAUACCCCUCACGAGUCGUUCGAAUCACCGUUGACUAAUCUGUCGGACCACGAGCAGUCUGAGCUGUCUUCGGUACCCUCAUCGCUCUCUAGUAAGGCAACGACGCCCGUAGACCUAGAAGGCCAUAAGGACUUCUCCAUACCGUCGACGGAGACUCCUCUUGUCCGCGAGGCAGUGCGACGAUCCUUCGAUGUAAAGCCAAAGUCAUCAAUCCCAUCAAAUCUCUCAAAUUAUGAAUAUGCAAGACAAUGCAUAGAAGCUGCCGAGUCCUCGAGGCUAAACCCAUACGCACUGCAUCAAGAGGAAUACCAGAUGUUCCGACAUCACAUCAGCCAUGUCCAGGUUACCACAUAUCUCAACAUCAGAAACGGUAUCCUUCGACUUUGGUACAACAACCCGCGUGUUGCAGUGACAAGGAAUGAGGCGGUCGGCUGCGCCAACGUCCGCUGGUUUGACGUCGCAAGCGUGUGUUACGACUGGCUUGCGCGGCGUGGCUACAUCAACUUUGGCUGUGUAGAAUUCCCGGGGACGAGCGACCGGGCUGAACAAGCCACAGGUACAGAUCAUGUGCCCGGGAGGAAAAGAAUCGUGGUCAUCGGUGCCGGUAUGUCCGGGUUGGGUUGCGCGAGACACCUCGAUGGGUUACUCCGGCAGUAUUCAGACCGAUAUCGUGCGCUUGGAAAGCCGCUACCGGAAAUUAUCGUCCUUGAGGGACGCGGUCGGGUGGGUGGAAGAGUUUACUCAAGAGAGUUCAAAUCAAAACCGACACUGCCGUUGCCGGACUUUGACGGUGAACGGUUCACCGCUGAAAUGGGCGGGAUGAUUAUUACGGGAUUCGAGCGCGGCAACCCGAUGAACGUCCUUGUACGUGCACAGCUCUGUCUCCCAUACCGUGCCCUGCGGUCAGAGACGACAAUUUACGAUUCAAACGGCAAGCCUGUGGACUAUGUGAGAGACCAGCUCGUGGAGAAUUUGUACAACGACUGCUUGGAUCGAGUCAGCGAAUACAAAUUCAAGUCACAGCCCUCCAAGUUGAUCGAGGGUAAUCGGGACUUGAUCAAUGAAGCGCGAGAUGCCGUGAGUGACGGACAUAGGACGAUUGGACAGGCCGAAGAGGCGACUGCCGCUCUGCCGCACGCACCGCCGGUCUCCCAACAAAACGUGCCUGAACGAGUCAACUUGGUGCCAGUUUCCUCAGAUAAGCUGACCGGACGUGUCCACACUCAACCUGGCACACCAGGUAUCCUCAAAGCAUCUGAAAAGGCUAGGAUGAUGGGGUGGACAUUGAAAAACGGUGCGGCAAACGACGCUAAUAUCGAUUUAAACGAAGCUGCGGGCUUGCCAACGGCGACCCUUGGUUCGGUCAUGGACGAGGCCGUCGUUCAGUACCGCAAUAUCGUGGAUUUGACCGCCCAAGACCACCGCCUUAUCAACUGGCAUGUGGCAAACCUGGAAUACAGCAAUGCCACGAAUCUUCAUAAUCUCAGCUUAGGUGGCUGGGAUAUUGACGCUGGUAACGAGUGGGAAGGCAAGCACACCAUGAUCGUUGGCGGGUACCAAAGCGUCCCCAGAGGUCUUAUGCACUGCCCGACGCCUCUCGACGUUAGGCCGAGGGCUGCCGUCAACAAGAUCAAGUACGAUACGCAGGAAAAUGGCCGAGCUUCUGUUUACUGCGAAGAUGGAACAACAAUUGAAGCUGACUACGUCGUUUCGACAAUACCGCUUGGUGUGUUGAAGCAGGGCAACGUCGAAUUUGACCCACCUUUGCCUAAGUGGAAGACGGACGUAAUCUCCCGGAUAGGCUAUGGCGUGCUCAACAAACUGGUUCUGGUUUACGACCACCCCUUCUGGGAUACGGAGAGGCACAUCUUUGGUGUUCUGCGAGAUGCCCCUAACCGACAUAGUCUGAACCAAAGCGACUAUAAAUCUUCAAGAGGGCGCCUCUUUCAAUGGUUCAAUGUCACCCAGACAACAGGUUUACCAUGUCUUGUAGCGCUAAUGGCAGGCGAUGCCGGCUUUGACACGGAACAUAACAGUAACGACAACCUGAUUGCCGAGGCGACCGAAGUGUUGCGCAGCGUCUUUGGACCUGCAGUACCAUACCCUGUUGAGUCGGUUGUCACUCGCUGGGCCUCGGACAAGUUCGCCAGAGGAAGCUACUCUUCGGCUGGUCCAGACAUGCAACCGGACGAUUACGAUGCGAUGUCGCGCCCGAUCGGCAAUCUCUUCUUCGCUGGGGAACACACAAUCGGCACUCAUCCUGCCACCGUUCACGGAGCUUACUUAUCGGGACUUCGCGCAGCAUCAGAGGUUGUCGAUUCGAUGCUCGGCCCGGUAGAUAUCCCAACUCCCCUAGUUCUACCCAAAGAAAGCGUCUCAAACAAACGGAAGGACAUGGAAGGGCCCAAGGACCCGGAACAGACUCUUCUGGAGGCAUAUGAUCUGGCCGCCUGGGAACACAUUAAGUCCAAGAUUGGCGAGAGGCCCUCGCCGCCCGGCAAGUUGGUUGUGAAUGCCUAUCUCCUCUAUAGCAGGGCCUUCUUCGGGAUUGCCCGUAAAAAGUGUGAGGAUGAGCGCGCGGGGCGGAAGAAACCAGCGCCGAACGAGGUGCGCGUCAUGACGUCCAAGAUGUGGAAGGCCACCACGCCCGAGGAGAGAAAGCCGUUCGAGGACCAGGCGCUCGAGCAAAAGGCCGCCUAUGCCAAGGCUGUCACGGCGUACAACGAGAAGCUGGCGCAAUGGGACAAGGACUACGUCGAGAUCCUGGCGGCUUUUCGACGGGAGCACCCGUACAACCCCUUGAACGGGGAGGGCAGCGGGUCGCAACGGGAGAACAGCGCGCAGAAGCAUCGCAGGACGAAACAAGUCAGCUACGCCGAAAGUGACGGCAGCGACGUUGAGUUUUGA